GCCUGGUAAACAGCUAUAUGGCGCCUGUUACGUUGAUUCACGUUUAUGCAUUUCUUUUGUUGUGAUAAAACGUUUAGCUAGCUGACGGGCAAUUUUCGUUAAUCGUAUUAUCCACAAAGUUAUAUUUGUCUGUUUUUAUAAUUUGAGAGGAUGAGUGGCGGAGUGUAUGGAGGCGAUGAGGUUGGAGCCCUGGUGUUUGACAUAGGAUCAUACACAGUGAGAGCUGGCUAUGCUGGAGAAGAUUGUCCCAAGGCUGACUUCCCCACAGUGAUCGGCGUGACCCUGGACAGAGAGGAUGGCAGCACCCCGAUGGAGACAGACGGCGGGGACAAGGGCAAGCAGGGCACCAACUACUUCAUCGACACCAACCAGCUGAGGGUGGCCCGCGAGAACAUGGAGGUCAUGUCACCGCUCAAAAACGGCAUGAUCGAGGACUGGGACAGCUUCCAGGCCAUCCUAGACCACACCUACAAGAUGCACUUCAAGUCGGAACCCAGCAUGCAUCCUGUACUCAUGUCAGAAGCCUCGUGGAACACACGAGCCAAGCGGGAGAAGCUAACCGAGCUAAUGUUUGAGCAUUACAACAUUCCCGCCUUCUUCCUGUGUAAAACGGCAGUGCUGUCUUCCUUUGCCAAUGGACGAUCCACAGGGUUGGUGUUAGACAGCGGAGCCACACACACAACAGCCAUUCCAGUGCAUGACGGUUACGUGCUUCAGCAAGGCAUUGUCAAGUCUCCCCUUGCUGGGGAUUUUAUGAGCAUGCAAUGUAGAGAGCUAUUUCAAGAGUUAAAUGUUGAAAUAGUCCCUCCUUACAUGAUUGCCUCAAAGGUGAGACCUGCUAAAGAUGCAGUACGUGAAGGAGCCCCAGCAAGCUGGAAGAAGAAGGAGAAACUACCCCAAGUCACCCGUUCCUGGCACAACUACAUGUGUAAUACUGUGAUCCAGGAUUUCCAGGCCUCCGUGCUGCAGGUCUCAGACUCUCCGUACGAUGAACAAGUUGCAGCCCAGAUGCCCACAGUUCACUACGAGCUGCCCAAUGGAUACAACUGUGACUUUGGGGCAGAGAGGCUGAAGAUUCCAGAGGGCCUUUUCGACCCUUCCAAUGCCAAGGGUCUGUCUGGCAACACCAUGUUGGGAGUCGGCCACGUGGUGACCACCAGUGUGGGAAUGUGUGACAUUGAUAUUCGGCCGGGUCUUUAUGGUAGUGUGGUGGUCACCGGCGGCAACACACUCAUCUCUGGCUUCACGGACCGACUCACCAGAGAACUCUCUCAGAAGACCCCCCCUAGCAUGAGGCUGAAGUUGAUAGCCAACAACACAACAGUGGAGCGCAGGUUCAGUGCCUGGAUAGGAGGCUCAAUCCUGGCAUCACUAGGAACUUUCCAGCAAAUGUGGAUCUCGAAACAAGAGUACGAGGAGGGCGGUAAGCAGUGUGUGGACAGAAAGUGCCCUUGAUUGACCGCCAACGAUGUUCUGCUGCCUCCAGAACUCCAGAACAACGUGUCUAGUUUAACAUUUUAAUGUGGACUCCGGAGCACCCAAGGACGGUUGCUGUUUUUGACGAUUAAAAAAAAACCGGAUAAGUCUGUCUUUUUUUAUAAUUUUAUGUAGAAAACGUUGACUAACAAACCGUGUCACAUUGCUAUGAAGAGAGAGGGAGAGGCUAAAUUCCUUUUUGAUUCCACAUAAUUUUCAGUAUAUUUAAUAAGAGGACUGAUAUUUUGAUAUCAAUCCUCUUGACAGGUAGAAACACUUGGGCAGUGUUCGUGGUUAUGCAUUAUAUAAUGUGGUGUCAGGUGAAUGUCAUUUGUCUUUAAACCUUUCCAUUUUGGGGUAGUGAAUUAGCUUCUCUAAUGAUGCCAAGACAAUUAUUCACUGCAAAUGAAAUUUGUAUUUAAUUUCGCUCAUGUUUUAUAUUUGAUUGGCUAUUUGCUGUCUUGAAAAUAAAAUGAAUAUUUGUUAAGUGA